AUGCACCGAUUUGUAUUUCUCUGUUUUAUCUGUUUGGGGACCACAGCAAAUGCUUAUGUGACAGUUACUAAAUAUACUAUUGGAAAUAAAACAUAUUAUGAGAAGUUCGAGCAGCCAUGGUUCAGACAUAUGCAUUACGACCACGAUCCAGUCGAAGCAUCUGAAAAAGAAGAGUCUGCAUUCGGCAAACAUUAUGUUCCAGAAGACGAUGUUUUUAUAGCACCAGACUGGACAGCUCACGAGAUGAAAUAUAUGUCAUGUCUGAAUAGAACUUGUGUUUGUGGAUAUUUUAAAGGAAACGUUAAAAAUGGAGAAUGUUAUCUUCCCAGUGGACAACUAUUGAAACGGGCAGUAAGAAGAGAGUUGAGAUCGUUGAGAGAUGAGGAUAGAAGAAUGAUUGAAGAUGCAUGGAAUGCAAUGAAAAAGAGUGGAUUGUACAAUAAGAUUGGAAGAGUUCACAAAUAUUCUGGAGUUCAUUCAGGACCUGCAUUUACAUUGUGGCAUAGAGAGUUUUUGAAAAGACUUGAGUUGGCUCUUCGUGAUCAUAUGAGGAAUCCGGACUUUGGUCUUCCUUUUUGGGAUUCCACAUUAGAUUCUUUGCUUCCUGAACCUAAAGAUUCUAUCAUAUUCUCAGAAUUAUUUUUGGGGGAAGUGGAUGACAAAGGAAUGGUUAAAAAUGGACCAUAUCAUAACUGGGAGACAAUGGAAGGACGUGCGCAGAUAUUUCGAAACUUUGGUGAAGAUGAAUCAGGAGAAAUGUUGAAUGAUGCUCGAGUUGACUGGUUGAUAAACAAUCCAGAUAUCAAUAUGAUUCUUGGAGCAACAAUGCCUUUGACAACAUGCCCUAUGAACCAUACUCUUGAUGCAAGAAUGUUAGAGUUCUCUCAUGAUUAUGUUCAUUUUUUCGUGAAUGGAGAUAUGAGCAAAUCGUAUUCCUCUUCAAAUGAUGUUUGUUUCGUUUAUCACCAUGGAAUGAUCGACUGGAUUUUCGAAAACUGGAGACAAAAUAUGCAAAGCAGAGAGGAAAGAGAAAAAGACUAUCCGAAAAGUGAUGAAAGAUGCUUCCCGUUCUGGCACAAUGGAGAUAAUUCCAUGCCGUUGUUACAGCCACUGAAAAACAAAGACGCACUCUCCAAUGGAUAUACUGAUUUCAUGUAUGAAUACUAUCCAAGAUCAACGUGCAGUAAGGAAAAGCCAGAUUGUCAUUCACCAUAUCUAUUCUGUUACAUUCCCCCGAAUGACGAACAUCCACCAAGUUGUGUGAGCAAAGUUCGAAGAAAUGGAGUUUGCAAAGGAUUUGAAGACUGGCCAAUCUGCUAUUGGGGUCUAUGUGUGAAUGGAAAGUGUGAUGAAAAUGCCAAGCCGAAAAAGAAUGCAGCUCAAUUCGAAAAGUUCGAAAAACGAAUUGUUCCGUUCAUAAUGUAA